AUGUCAUCAUAAGGAUAACAUAUGGAACUUCAGUAAAGAGAUUCAAUUUAAGAAUCAUUGUUAAAUGAGUCUUCAAUAAAUAAUUAAGAAGAGUUUCAUUUAGAAAUUUCAGAUAUUAUUUUGAAUGGAAAAUAAUUUUAGAAUAAAGCAAAAUUAGCUUUAGAAGAAAGAGCAGAGAAGAAAUAACAACAAUCAUAAGAAUAUAUAUUAGAAAGAAUUCGUUAAUUAUAUAACGAUAGUUUAGAAGGAGUAUAAAAGAAAUUAAGUAUAAUUUAAAGAUGUAUUGUAGAUAUAUUGUAUUAAUUACCAAUUUUGAGACCGAAACAAAUAAUUUUAUGGAAAUUAUUAAUCAAUCUAUUAACGUUAUUUGUUUUUUUUGAGAUCCCUGUAUAUAUAUCAUUUGGACAAGCCUUUUGGAAAGUAUAAAAAUAUCUAAAUUUAGGAAUUAGAUACUAUUUAGUUAAUCGCUGCAUUGUAUUACACUAUAUCUCUUUUACUUGUAAUAGAUAUGGGUUUAGAUUUUAUAACAGCAUAUUAUAAACAUGGAGUUGUAAUUACUGACAGUAGGAAAAUAGCUAUAAAUUAUUUAUACGGGAAUUUUAUCUUUGAUUUAAUUGCUGUAAAAUUUUAUUUAAUAAAAUAGUUAAUAAUCUCAAUUGCUCGAUUAUCUCUAUUCACCUCUUAAUAUAGAUUUAUUUUUAUAAUGUUUUACUUUAAACUACCUUCAUUUUUAAGAUUUAAUAAUCAAUUAAAUUAAAUGGUAUUACUUCAUAGAAGAACAAGAGUUUGUUAUGAAGUUGGAAAAAUAGUUAUUUUUAUGUUUUUUGCAUUCAAUGUAUUUUUGUGUGUGUUCUAUAUGAUUGGAGUAUAUAGUGUAGCAUCAAAUUAUAAUUCUUGGUUAAUAAAUCCAGGUAAUUUUGGAAUUAUAAUUGAUCGACCAUUGCAUGAGAUAUAUUUUUUUGGAUUUUAUUUUUCUUUGGGAACAGUCUCAACUACAAUGGGUUAUGGUGAUAUAGUACAUUUUAUAUAAAUAAUAAUUAGUCUCCAAUGAAUAUUAUGGAAUGUGCCUGGUCACUUUUAGGAGUUAUGUUUGGUUUAAUAAUUAUUUUUAAUAACAUAAACUUAUUUUAAAAAAUGAUGGAAGAGUAUAGUAUAUAUAAUAUUAAACAAUUUAAAUAUAAGUUAAGUAUCAAUAAAUUUAUGGAAUAAAAGUAAGUACCUUCUGAAUUAUAAGAAAUAAUUAGAUAAUAUCUUAAUGAAUAUUGGCAUAAAUAAGGAUUAAGAGAUUUGGAAUAGGAAACGUUAGUUUUUCAAAUGUUGGCUCCUGAAUUAAAAUAAGAAUUAAUGUAUUAGUCUUAUGGAUAGUUUUUACAAACUACUUUUUUUUCAAAAUAUUUUUCAAAACCUUUUUUAAAAGAUCUUUCGGAAAAAAUAACAGAAGUUCAUUAUUCAGCUGGAAAUGUGAUAAUUGAAGCAGGUGAUUCUAAUGAUGAUCAAAGUUUUUAUUUUAUCUAAAGUGGAACAGUUAUUAUUAAUUGUGGUAAUUCUGAAAUUGUGAAAAAGAAAAUGAUAAAAGGAGAUAGUUUUGGUGAAUUUGCCUUUAUAACAGGUAAUCUAUUUAUAAUCUAAAAUAAAAGGAUAAGCAAGAACAGCCACAGUUUAUUCUUAAGAAUAUAGUUAAUUACAUAAAAUAUCAAGAAAUAACUUUUUGGAUGUAUUAAAAAAUUAUCCUGAUGAUUAUGAAAUAUUUUGCAAUAUGAGAGAUGGGUUAAUAUUUUCUUAAUAAUUUGAAACAGUUGGUUAAUUUUGUUGGACUUGUCAUAAAUUUGAUCAUUACGCAAAUUCAUGCCCAUUUACUCAUUAUAUUCCUUAAGUUUAGAAUUUAGUUGAUAAUGCAACUAUUAUAAAUACAAAUUAAGAUAGAAUCAAAAUAUAAAGAUAUGAUAGAAAAUAAUGGCCAACUAGAAAAAAUUAAAGAAUUUUAGUAAAUGGUUUGAAUAAAUCUAAAAUUCAAAAAUAUGCUAAUGUCAUAGUACAUUAUAAUUUUUAUUAAAUUAGUUGAAAACUGCAAGAAGUAUCAAUUAAUAAAAGUCAUCAAAUUCUCCGUUGAAGAAAUAAACAAGUAUCCAAUUAAAAGGAUAAUCGUUUGGAGACUCAAAAAUAGAUAUAGAUAAAUCUGAAUAAAUCUAGGAUGAGUCUUUUAGAUCAAAUCAGUAAGACGAAAAUGUUUUGGCCUAAGUUUAAGAACCAAAAGAUGCAGAGAGAAAUAGUCUCAAAAAUUUAUAAACAAAACUUAAUUAAUUUAGAGAUAAAUAUGAAUAUUCUAUACAUUAAGGGUUAGAUUAUUUUGAUGAACCUCAAAAUUUCAAAUAUUAUAAGAAGAAAUUUAAUUACUCAAAUUACAAAGUAUUUUAAGGAUUUCAAGAAUCUCAAAGGAAGAAAUAAUUAAAAAUAAGGAAAUCAUAUAUGUCAGUUCCAUAUACUUGA